GAAUUCAGAAACUGGUACUAGCUGGAAGAAUGGGAGAAGCAAUUGAAACAACACAGCAACUCUAUCCAGGUCUACUUGAAAGAAAAACUAACCUCCUUUUUAUGUUAAAAGUCCGCCAAUUUAUAGAAAUGGUAAAUGGGACAGAUAGUGAAGUGCGAUGUUUAGGAGGCCGAAGUCCAAAGUCACAAGACAGCUACCCAGGCAGCCCUAGAGCCUUCAACAGUCCCAGCAUGAGUCCCAACCAUGGGAGCAAUAUCCACGUUCUAACAGCAUGUAAAGGAAAUGGUGCACACAGUCACUUUACAGGUUAUGAAAAUAAUUGUAGCAAUGGUAUAAUAUCAAAUAAAGGGCAUCAAUCUAGCAGUCACAAGCACCCAGCCUCAUGUUUAAAUACAUCCGAGCUAAAUAGUUUAAAUGCUGCAAGAUCUCAGCAAUCAAACAGCUGUAGCAGAGACAACACCGACAUAGAUAUGGAGACUGAGCACUACACCAAUGGGGUGGCAGACUCCUCACCCAAUGGCCUCCUUAACGGCAGUUCGAAGCAUGACCAUGAAAUGGAUGAAAAUGAUACUGAUAUGGAAAUAGACUUGACUCAAUCACGACGGCAACUUUGUGGUGGCAGCCAGGCAGCGAUCGAACGCAUGAUUCAUUUUGGGCGCGAACUGCAAACCGUGAGCGAGCAGCUGAGAAGAGAAUGUGGCAAAAACACAGCCAAUAAGAAAAUGUUACAGGAUGCAUUUAGCCUGCUUGCUUAUUCUGAUCCAUGGAACAGUCCAGUAGGAUAUCAACUUGACAUAGUGCAAAGAGAACCUGUGUGCUCUGCAUUGAAUAGUGCUAUAUUAGAGUCUCACAAUCUGCCAAAGCAACCCCCACUUGCUCUCGCCAUUGGGCAGGCUUCGAAGUGUUUGGAGCUGAUGGCCCGAUUGGGAAUUGGUUCUUGUGCAUUUGCCACAGUGGAAGAAUAUUUGCACUAGCUAUGCAUUUGUACAGCUCAUCUCGGAGCCACCUUUAAUAUUAUUGUGACCAUUUUCAGAACCAGGUCUGCUCAAGGGAAACUGACUUUUAAUUUCCAUUGAUCUUUUGGGGACAGAUUGUAAAUGUCAUUCUACUUCUGCUUCCUAGUUUACAGCAUGGUCCAGCUGUUUUCUAACUUAUAUGCACAGUUCAUUGACAUGUUUUGCAUUUUUUUUUAUAGCGAUGUCCGGAGGAGUUGUAACAGUGUAGUAUGUAUAUUUGUUUCAGUGGAACAUAACUGUGCUUCCUUAUUAAUUCCUCAAACAUGUCAAAAGAUUUUCAUCUGAAUUGGGCUGAUUGAGACUUCAGCUAAAAUAAACGAUCUAUCAUAUGGGACAAUGUCAUUCAAUCUUAAAUAUUUGGAGGAAAAAAACUAAUUGGCUUAAAGUUAGAAGUGCUUUAAUCAAAAUUAAAGUGAGAAUGUGUGAAUAAAAGUAUUUAGUUACAGAUUAAACCAAAAAACUAGGUUUUUUGUACUUUAUUAAAAUGUAUCUUUUGUGAUAAACCAAAAUUUAAAAUUGCUGUUGUGUGAGUGGAUCCCCAAUGGUGAGCAUGUCUAAUACAAAAUGGUUAAAAAUGUUUUCCAUCCCUCUGAUGUACAUCAAAAAAGUUAAAUGCUUGAGUAAUUUGGUAGAUCUUUUACGUAUAGAUGGAUGGAGGGAGAGUGAAUUCUUUUCCCUCAUAAGAGUAUUGUAAAUCUUCAUCACUCAGGAGUUGAAUGGACAGUCUCAACACUUGUGAUCGAUUGCAGCGUAUUGGUCCCAGUGUUCUUUUAAUCUCACCAGGUUGUCUGUGUGCACAUGCUCUCCAUGUUUCCCCUGCCCUCUCUCCAAACAUUGUUUAAAUGCAGAGAAAUACAUUCUACAACCAUCAUUUUAACCAUUGUAAAAUAACAGUGUUAAGUACUUGUCAACACAUUGUGUGAUAAUGACAUUAUUUAUAUUAAACCAAAUACUUAGUCAAAAUCUGCAAUGUCUUAAUUUAAACUUUGUACACUCUGCAUUUUUAAGCAGUGCUUGAGUGAGUACUAUACUGCAAUAAACAAAUGUAUGAAUCAUAAUUAAUCAGCUAUUAAAGAUUUAAAUCUAUCGAAAUGGGUACUGUUUAUUUACUUGUUAAAUAGCAUUGUCUACAUGCUGAAAAUGGAAACUUCUUAAAAUUGUGCACAACAAACCACAUCACUAUAUCAUCCAGAAAGUUUUUAAGUUGCUAAAAACCUUUUGAGGCUUAGGUGUUGAUUUCACUUAGCAAUCAUCACAGACUUCAUUACUUACUGUAAUGUAUAUUCUUUGAAGCAAAUACUUUAAUACAGUAUUCAAGCAUUUUAAAUACUUUAUUAAAAUCAGCUGUACAUUGCAGGUCAGGCUGCUUUGUAGCCUACUGUCUGUUAUUUCUAAAUCAUUUGUCUUUUGAAGGAUUUACGUUUUUACAUCGCCUUAAUCCAAAACAAAUCAAUUGAAGUUGCUUUUGUCAUUGUGGUGACAAUCGGAACAGUUUAUUUCCAGUGGCUUUUGUUUUUUUGCAAUUGUAAAUUCUUCAAUGUUGGCCAAUAGUUACAGCCCAGCCAACUCCACUAAAAGUUGAUUGUCUGGUCAUUUAUCAGUGCUGUUUGUGGACUUUGCCUUGUAAGGAAAGUAACUUCAAAAUAAUUAGCUGUGAAAUGCUUUGGGACAUCCUGAGAUUCUGAAAAAUGCCAAGUUUAUUUGCAAUGUGUAUAUUAAUUCAUGAUGAUAUUGUAUUGAAGACUGGUUCCAUGAACCUUUAUUCCUAACCACCUGCUGUAAAAAUUGUGGUGAUUAUCAUUGUAAUUUUUUAAACCAGGAAAACUUGCAACUAAAGAGAAUGUGUGGUAAUAAAUUAUUACAUAAAUAUUUUACUGGAUAUAAAAUUGUGUGGUCCCCAAAAAUGUUCAUUUGUAGGUUCGGAAAGGAAAUACAUUGAACAAAACAAAACAUGGUUUAACUUUUCAGCACCUCAUCUGGAAAGUAACUAUCUGUACCUUCAAAGUGGUUUUGGGUACUUUGUAAAAGUAUGACUGGAGUUUAAAGAUGAUAAUGAUAAUUUGGCACAGAAUUACAUCUUUGGUUUAAGGUUGUAGAUUCAAGGCACACUACAGAACAAGGUAAUGUAGGCUGGCUCUUCAAUGUAUUGCUAAGGCUUAUGAAGUUAAAUGAAAGAUCCAUUUGCCAUUGUAGACUCCAUACCACUAUGAAUUUCAAUUAGUUAGUUUCACUUCAAUCAACGUCUGUUAAAACAAUCAUACAGCAGUGAAGGAGGAUAUUUUACAUGUCUGCUAUUUGAAAUUUAUCCAUUGGCCAUGUUGCCUCUACUAUCCCCAUAGGUAGCAUUACAGUUUGGUGAAAGCCAAUUUAAAUUGUGCAGUUUAUUUAUUUAAGAAUAUCCUAUACACUUUCAACUUUUGAUCUCAUUUGAAAAUGUAAUCACAAUAGGAACCUCCCAUUCACUUAAAAUCUAAAGUGAAACAGGUUUAAGAAUACAUCUGGUGAACUACAGUAUCAACCUGACAUCUUUCAGAUGGAACAUUUUAUGCAGGUUAUAACUUUAUAUCUACAUGCUACUAUCGUCGCAAACCGUCAGACUUGUAUGCUUUAACAUCCUGAUAGGAAUCGAUAGCUUCUGUGCUCCCCACCUCCGUUCCCCCCCCCACAAACUGUUUUAGAUUACCCAGAAUUGAAUGAUAAGCUGAGUUUGCUGUUUUAGUUGGAUAAAAUAUAUGAUGAGUCUUGACAGUACUGUAUAACAAAAUUCUUGGCUUCAGAAUGAAAGGCAUGCCCAUGUAGAUGAACCAGGCCAAAUCAAAUGGCAAUUGAGGAAAAUAAAAGUCACCUUCAUGUUAUUACUUGUAAAAAAGAUAUAAACUAUUGUACUUCUAGAACAGUGUUUUGAUGUCAGAAGUUCACAUUUAGUUGAGGGACAUUUGCGUAAUGUUUCAGAAAACACCAUCAUGGAAAAUAAUAGGCUGGAACUUUGCCUUGCUUUGUUUCUCUAUUUGCAUUUUCUGUUUACAAUACUAAGUAUCUUUGACAAGUGCCAAAUUGGAAGCAGUUAAUUUGAUGCUAUAAACUACCUUGCAGUCGAGAAUGGCAUGUGUCAGCAGCUGAAUACAAUGUGUCCAAUAAGAGACAAGGGAGCAGAAGUUGGGAAAUGAACUUGUGCUCAAGUUACAGAUUGGAGACCCUGUUACAUGGCCUAGAUGUGAUUAUGUAUGACAAGUUCUGGAAUAAAAAAAUUCUGCAUAACCUA